GGGUCCUCUCCUGUGUCGAUAGACACCAAUAUAUAUAUGAGAGAGAGAAACGAAAAUCAGAGCUCCACUGGCGCCUUUCCAUUGCUCGAAUGACAGCUGAAAAGUGGAGUGCUUUGACGAGUUAUUGUGAAAGUAGAGCAAAAUGUGAGGUUAUUCGUGGUUUUUCAACAUUUUUCUCAACAUCAGGAGCAGAAAAAAUCCUGAACAGAUAUUGGGCCUGCAAAUAGAACUGUCAGAGAUUAUUUAAUUAAUUGAGGGGGUAAUAAAAAUAAAAGUAAUGGCUUCAAUAUUCGAUCAGUACGAGAAAGCCUCCCAACGUUCGAAACCAUUUGGCCCAGAGCCCAUGAGGCCUGAUAUUAGCACAGCAGGUUUCAUUCAGAUGAAGCUCCAAGACGAAGAGCCUAUAUUCAUAAGGCAGAGAGUGAACUUUCGUCCUCCUGAGAAUAUUCUCCACCUCGCAGUCAGCAAUGAUCUCAUCAUUAUUGCAAUGGCGAACAACCAUAUCCUCAGGAUUGACGUGAAGAAUCCGGAAAAGAAAGAGAAAAUUGAUGUGUCCAAGGGCAUGGCACACAUGAAAAUGACUGGAUUAUUCCUUGAUCCACUUGGAAAUCAUGCAUUACUGGCAAUGGCACCAAAGAACGGAGAGAAUCCCCCCUCUGAAUUAUUUUAUCUUCAUAGAACUGCGACGAAAUUAAAACCUGCAGGAAAAUUUAGAGGCCAUGAAAUAACAGCAGUUGGCUGGAACUUUUCGAACACCUCAGACACAACAUCUGGUCCUAUUCUGCUGGGAACAUCUAAAGGACUCAUUUUUGAAACGGAAAUCAGCCUGGAUGCUGAUAAAAUUUUUAUAACAAGUCUGGAACAAUAUUGGAAACAGGUAUUCGACAUAGGCGAACUUAGUAAACCCCCAAUAACUGGUAUAGCAUUCCAUAAAGUUCCAUAUUCGGAUAAAUAUGUGAUAAUAGUCACCACGAAGAUUCGGAUUUAUCAAUAUGUAGGUUCAAUAAUAAAUGCUUCGGAGAAGCCUCUACUCCAGCAGAUAUUCAGCAGAUAUUUGAAUGUAGAAGAACGUUUCAGCCAAUUGGAGAGCUCUUUACCAUAUUCAAGAAUGCAAUUCUAUUAUCCGGUAGCAAAAGGAUUUCCAAAAUCUUUUGGAUGGCUGACUGAAACAGGAAUACUCUACGCUGAGGUGAGCCCCAAGGCCGAACCUGAUAACGUCCUCGUGAAUCAAGUGAUGCUCUACUCCCCGGAGACAAGUCUCAGUGGGUCGACAGUGUCGACCUCCCCAAAUGCUCCCAUAAACUUCAUCCUCACGAAGUUCCACGCUCUCCUCUUAUAUUCCGAUCAUGUCAAAGGGAUUUCUCUCCUGACCCAAGAAUUGAUCUUUGAGGACGCGUACAAUGACACAUUUGGAAAACUCGUCAACAUCACGAAGGACCCAAUAACAGGGGCAAUCUGGGCUCACACAGAACGAGGGCUAUUUAAAUACAAAGUAACACGAGAGGAGAGAAACGUCUGGCAGGUGUACAUGGACAAGGGUGAGUUCGAGCUGGCGAAACAAUACAGCAAGGCAAAUCCAGCGCACAUCGAUCAAGUCCUCGUGAAAGAGGCUGAGAUGCUGUUCAAUGCAAAGGACUACGAGAAAAGUGCAUUAAUUUAUGCUGACACUCACUCUUCCUUUGAGGAGAUAUCUCUCAAAUUUUUACAGGAAUCCCAGAUCGAGGCCCUCAAAACAUUUUUAAAAAAGAAAUUAGAAGGCCUGAGGCCUCAGGACAAGACCCAGAUAACGAUGAUAGUCGUCUGGGUCGUCGAACUCUUCAUGAACCAGAUGGGUGCACUCAGAGGUGACCAGUCAUCCCACCUCCACAAUCCCAAGUACAUGGAUUUACAAAAACAAUUCGAUAGCUUCUUGUGCAUUCCCGUCGUCGAGGAGUGCAUAAAAAAGAAUUUGAGCACCAUUUACAACCUGAUGGCCAGUCACGGUGAUAAAGAUAAUUUAAUUCGCCUAACCAUAAUGCAUCGCAAUUACGAGGAGGUUAUCCGCCAGCAUUUGUACAAGAAUAAUUAUCUCGAGGCACUUGAGGUGCUCAAGAGCCAGGGGAAUAGAAAUUUAUUCUAUCAAUUUGCUGGGGCACUGCUGCAGGAGUUGCCAAAACCAACUGUUGCAGCUAUUAUUUCGCAGGGAAGCCAAUUGCAACCGUCGAGAUUAUUACCGGCUUUGGUAUCGUGCGAGAGUGAUGAGAAACACGCAAAAGAAGUGAUAAAAUAUCUGGAAUUCUGUGUUUAUAAACAAAGCUGUCCAGAUCAGGCGAUUCACAAUUUAUUACUGUCACUUUAUGCCAGAUAUAAACAAGAUGAGGUGAUGCGUUAUUUGGGUUCUCAAGGUCAAGACAUAUCGAUGGUGCACUACGACGUCCACUAUGCUCUGCGUUUAUGCCAAGAGAAUGGUUUAACCGAUGCUUGCGUGCAACUCUCCGCUUUAUUAGGCCUCUGGACUACAGCAGUUGAUCUUGCUUUAACCAUAGAUGUAGAUCUGGCUAAAAUAAUAGCUGCGAUGCCAUCGCACAACGAUAAUGAAUUGAAGAAAAAAUUGUGGUUGAAAAUAGCUGAACAUGUUGUUCGAGAACGUGAUGAUAUUCAACAGGCAAUGGAAUUUUUGCAACAGUGUGAUUUGGUUAAAAUUGAGGAUAUUCUCCCGUUUUUCUCCGAUUUCGUUACGAUUGAUCAUUUUAAGGAUGCUAUUUGUAAUUCUUUACAGGAAUACAAUCAACACAUUCAAGAUCUAAAAGAAGAAAUGCAGGAAGCGACAAAAGCAGCGGAAAUAAUAAGAAAGGAUAUCCAGGCAUUUCGUACCAGGUGUACGUUUGUCCAUGUGAGGGAUACGUGCAAUUCGUGCGAAGUUCAACUUCUGCUGAGGCCAUUUUACGUAUUUCCCUGUGGCCAUCGAUUUCACAGCGAUUGCUUGAUAGCAGCGUUGACACCAAUGCUGUCGAUCGAACAACAAACUAAAUUAGCUGAUCUUCAGAGGCAACUUACAGCAGUGUCGAAGAAGCCGGAAGACACGACAUCGGUUGGAUCAGUAUCUCUAUCCACUAAGGAUCAAAUCAAGGCAGAUAUCGAUAAUCUCGUUGCCUCAGACUGCUUGUACUGCGGAGAAUUUAUGAUCGAAUCUAUUGACAAACCUUUUAUCGAGGAGGAGAAUUACGAGAGGGUUAUGGCGGAGUGGAUAUAAGUUUCCUGAAUUCACGUAUAAAUAUAAGGACUUCUCCUAAGAGAACGUGUGUAUAAGAACUCAAUGAUAAUUUUUAUAAAUUAUUUUUUAAUUUAGUAAUAAAUGAUAUACAAAUUUACUGAUGUGCAGCGCAUGGAGGAUAUUACAAAUCA